GUAAUGCCCACGUCGCGUAGACUAGACUUCUCCUUCACUCUUCCCCAAACCAAAUAACAGAAUUCAUCAUCUUCUCCCCUUUUCAUCAUUUUCAAUUUCCAUUUCACCAUGUCGUUGUUCAAUUCCAGAAUUUCCUUCGCACUUUUCGUAUUCUUCGCCUACUUUCCAGGGUUGAUGUUAUGUGCGGUUGUGUCACUGAGUUCAAUCGAGAUCUUCGAUAACCGCGAGUGGCUGAAAACGACUUCAACCGUUUAUUUUCUUUGUAAAGGGGAGAACAAGAAGGUGUUUGAAGAUGUUAAGAGACCUCAUUUCGUUUAUGCUUUCAAUGGUCAACAAUCUUGGCAGGUUCUAAGUAACUUUUCGAGUAUAAAAUGCAAGUGGUGUGGACUCUAUGAGGAAGACAGCAUUACUUCUGGUGAUGUUUAUGAUGAAUGGGAAUUUUGUCCUUCUGAAUUUAUUGCACCCCAUGGUGAAUAUGUCAGGUUCAAAGAAAAGCAGUUCAAUGCGACUUUUUUGUGCCCGGAUUGUUUAUCUCUUGUUCGUGUUUCUAACUCUUCUGGUAUGCGCGGAAAGCAUAUAGCAAUUCUGGUUUUUCUUGGUGCUCUGGCCUCAAUCUUACUGAUUCUUGGAGUGAUGGGUUUAUACAAGUUCUGUCGGAAGAAAAGAAAGGAAGAAAACCAGGCUCGGUUUCUGAAAUUACUUGAAAAUGGAGAUGGCAUUGAGGAUGAUCUAGGUCUUGAUAGUUCGUUGAUAUAAUGAUAGUAAACAAUAUAUACCUUUUGUACAGAAUAGGGUUAACUGUAAUGUUUUGCUUAUAAGAAAAGAUCAAAAAUUAUUUUUCUGGUUUGACAUGUAACUAUCCCGAUUCAUAAAUUUGUAUAUACAAAAUAGGGCUCCGAUGUGGUAGUCUGCUCAACAAUCUAAUAGAAACAAUAGAAUAUGACAUCAAGUUUAUUGGCA